AUAUUAUUUAUUUGUUUUGUUACUUCUCUCUCUGUCUUUUGGUUCAACGGGCGAGGAUUUUUCGAAACAAGUUGUGUUUUUUUUUUCCAAUUUCCUUGUUUGUUUCACGAAAGGGUUUUCUUUCGAUGAGCUUUAGUUUGAUUCUUGUAACUUAAAGAGGAUUUUGGGUUUUGGAGAUGAUGUGUAGAACGACAUGGCAGAGUUGAAAGUAGAGGAGUGUUGCCUUGAGAAUAAACAAUUAACAGCCGCUUCAAGCUCUUCUGUAUCUGAAGGUAGUGGCAGUGCUAUUCUCAAGUCCCCUGGAGUAUCAAGCCCUGCAACUAAAUCACCAACUCACAGGAGGACCACUGGCCCGAUUAGGCGAGCUAAAGGAGGUUGGACACCAGAGGAGGAUGAGACAUUAAGAAAUGCUGUGGCAACUUUUAAAGGGAAGAGUUGGAAGAAAAUUGCUGAGUUUUUUCCUGAUAGAUCAGAAGUGCAAUGUCUGCAUCGGUGGCAGAAAGUUCUCAAUCCAGACCUUGUCAAAGGACCUUGGACUCAAGAGGAGGAUGAUAAAAUAAUUGAACUUGUGUCAAGAUAUGGGCCCACAAAAUGGUCUGUCAUUGCGAAGUCUUUACCUGGUCGCAUAGGGAAACAAUGCCGAGAGAGGUGGCACAAUCAUUUGAAUCCUGAUAUAAAGAAGGAUGCCUGGACGCUAGAGGAGGAAUUAGCUCUAAUGAAUGCCCACCGGAGAUAUGGGAACAAAUGGGCUGAAAUUGCAAAGGUUUUACCUGGAAGGACUGAUAAUUCCAUAAAGAAUCACUGGAAUAGUUCCUUGAAGAAGAAAUUGGAUUUCUAUUUGGCUACUGGGAAACUUCCUCCUGUUGCGAAGAAUGGUCCCCAAAAUGGCUCCAAAGAUACAAAUCAAUCGACUGCUGCUACUAAACAUUUUUUUAUUUAUUCAACUAGAGACUCUGAUUCAACUGCCCAAACUUCAUCAGGAACUACAGACUUAGGCAAGCUGGAUGAAGACGGCAAGGAUCAACUAGAGUCCUCAACUCCAGUUCUAGAUAUGGCAGCUUCAUCCUGUGUUCGUCCAAAUGAUUCUCUAGAUUCUGAAGACGUUGAAUGUAAGCUAGAGUCACCUAAUAUAGAUCUUAGCUGCUCAGAGUCAAUGCCAAAGAUUGAAAAUUGUGCAAUCAAUUCUGAACAUGUUGAUGACAGAGUGAUUGGAUCACAACAGCAAAUUGGAACUCCAACCUACGGCUCUAUAUACUAUGUGCCGCCUCAGUUAAAAAGUAGUGUUCCAUUAGAUUCAGAUCCUUUAAACACAUGUUCUCUGCAGCAUGAAUGCAACUCUACCCCCAUUACUUCACCUAUUAGUUACUUCACUCCACCUUGUGUGAAGGGCAGUGGUUUAAGUGCAAGAAGUCCUGAAUCUAUAUUGAAGAUUGCUGCUAAGACCUUCCCCUAUACUCCUUCUAUUUUAAGAAAGAGAAAGUCAGAAGGUCGAGUGUUGUCUGGUACUAAAAUAACUGGAAAAGUAGAUGGGGAGACAACAGAUACUAGUAGCCCUGUUGAGCCUACUGGAAAAGAUUUCAAUGCAUCUCCUCCGUAUCGGUUAAGAUCCAAACGUACUGCUGUUUUCAAGUCUGUGGAGAGGCAACUUGAAUUCACUUUCAACAAGGAGAAGCAAGAUGAUAAUACCAAAUCUCGGGAAUUGUCUGUGAAUGCAAGUUGUCCUGUUAUUGAAGAUUUGCACAUAACAAAACUCAGGGUGACCUAGGACUUAAAACUGGACAAACGAAGAUACUCUGGGAAUUUGUGAAAUGAGAACCGAAUUUUACUCUGCAAAUGUUCAAUAGUGGCGAAGAUUACAAAAUUUUUCUCAUGCUCAAGAAUGUUAACACUUUUCACUUACAGACUGCUUGAUCGUAUUGCAGAGAUCCAUUCAAGGGUUUUUUUCUUCUACAGCUCUACUCUUAUUAGGAUCUUAUUUCUGUAGAAUAAGAAAAUUGUGGGAUUGAAUAAUCGGAGAAUACUGACGGUAACAGUGUACAGAGUCACUUCUCAAGACAAGAAUAUGCUCAUAAAUUUAUCAGCCAAUAUGCCCAGAUACAUGAUGUAGCAUUAUUUAGGUGACUUCAUUUCAAGAAAUUGAGGUUUUGCUGUUUUCUAUGGACAGCUUCUACUUUUCAAGAGUUGAAUAUGCAACAAAUGAUAUGAUUCUUUGGC